CCAAAAACGGGCGAAGGAAUCGCGCAAGGGAGAUCCGAGAUGUGCGUGCCUAGCUUGCCCUUGCCUUGCCUUUCCCUGGGAAGAAAUCAGAGGCGCGCCCUUGCGUCGCGCACUAGCUGGUUGGGCGGCACCCCUCACACAAAACCCCCCUAGGCUCAGGCGUAUAAAGGCGCUGGAAGAAAAACCUCGACCUCUCCCAUCCCUUCCCUUUUCCCACCCAACCUUUCUUCACAAAUACUCGGUUUCUCCCAGCCUAGUACUUGCACUAUAAGAAAGCUCUUGCGCUCUUCGGUCUCCUCGUCAGCGACAGCCUUUCUCCACAUCUGCGAACCCUCGAGAAGCAGCCGGUACUGGUCGGAGUCUAGGACAUUCCCAAUCGUCCGCUGCACAUAGUUCGCCUGUAUAUUUUCGCCACCGGAUCCCCACCGCGUACAUAAUAUCCUCCAACAUGACCACACACGAGAAAGACGUCAAGGUCGACGUGAAAGGAGACCACCCUGAAGAAGAGCACGCUCACCAGGAGGUGACCGACGAUCUCGAUGCUGAGCUCGAGAAGCUUCUCCAAACCCCUCCAUUGGAGGGUCUGACAGAUGCUGAGGUCGCCUCUCGUCUGGCGACGUUCGGUGCCAACGAGAUCCCCGAGAAGAAGAGGAACCCCAUCCUGAAGUUCUUGAUGUUCUUCACUGGAGGUCUCUCUUACCUUCUCGAAAUCUCUACCAUCGUUUGCGCUAUCGUCGGCAAGUGGAUCGAGUUCGGUAUCUUGGUCUUCGUCCUGUUCGCCAACGCCAUCAUCGGAUUCCACGAGGAAGCCAAGGCCGAAUCCGCCCUUGACGCCUUGAAGAACACCCUCGCUGCCAACUGCCGUUGCUGGCGUAACGGUCAGCUCGUCGAAGUCGAAGCUCGCCUCCUCGUUCCCGGAGAUGUCAUCGCCAUCCGUCUUGGUGACAUUAUCCCCGCUGACGCCCGUCUCCUCGGUAUCGGUGUCACCGGUGAGGAGACUGAAGGUACUCUUCAGAUCGACCAAGCCGCCCUCACUGGUGAAUCCCUCCCCGUCAACAAGGGCAAGGGUGCCAUUGCCUACUCCUCGUCCAUCUGCAAGCAAGGUCAGAUGUUGGCUGUCGUCACCAAGACCGGUAUCAACACCUACAUCGGUCGUGCCGCCAACCUGAUCUCCAACACCGAGGAGGAGGGUCACUUCCAGAAGGUCAUCAACAGGAUCGGAAACUUUUUGAUCUUCAUCUCCGUCUUCAUGGUCUUCAUCGUCUUCUGUGUCGAGAAGUGGGCCCGUGACCAGCCUUUCUUGACUGCCCUCACCAACGUUCUCAUUCUUACCAUUGCUGCCAUUCCCGUCGGUCUUCCCACCGUCAUGUCCGUCACCAUGGCCGUUGGUGCCAACCAGCUCGCCAGGAAGCAAGUCAUUGUCAAGCGUCUCACUGCCAUUGAGGAGCUCGCAUCCGUCUCCACGCUUUGCUCUGACAAGACCGGUACCUUGACUCUCAACGAGCUGACUUUCGACAAGCCCUACCUCGCCAAGCACGGUAACACUACCACCGACUUCGAGGGUACCGGCACCAGCUACACCGACCAAGACCUUCUCACCUACGCUUACAUGGCUUCCGAGCCCGGAGCACAAGAUGCUAUCGAGUUGGCCGUCCGUACCGCCGCUGAGGACCGUGUCGAAAUCUUGAAGGAGCGUGUCGGCCAGCACGACAUUCCUGGGUACAAAGUCAACGGAUUUAUCCCCUUCAACCCCACAAGCAAGUACACCGAAGCCACCGUUACCAACCUUGCCACCGGCGAGCGUUUCAGGACCAUCAAGGGUGCUCCCCCAGUCAUCGUCCGCAUGGUUGGUGGUCACUCCCAGGCUACUGACGCCGUCAAUGACUUUGCUCACCGUGGUCUCCGUGCCCUCGGUGUCGCCCGUACCGUCGACCCCGAGAUGACCAAGUUCGAGAUGGUCGGUAUGAUCUCGCUUCUCGACCCCCCCCGUCCCGACUCAGCCCACACCAUCGCCGAGUGCAACAAGCUCGGAAUAGUCGUCAAGAUGAUCACUGGUGACCAGCUUAUCAUCGCCAAGGAAGUCGCUCAGCGUCUUGGCAUGGACCGUUGCAUCUUGGACGCCCACGCCCUGGUCGACCCCAACCUCGACGAGGAGGAAGUCACUGACCGUGUCAUCAAGGCUGAUGGAUUCGCCCACGUCAUUCCCGAGCACAAGUACCGCGUCGUUGAGCUUAUGCAGAAGCGUGGCCAGCUUGUUGGUAUGACCGGUGACGGUGUGAACGACGCCCCCGCUCUCAAGAAGGCGAAUGUCGGUAUUGCCGUCGAAGGAUGCACUGACGCUGCCCGUUCCGCUGCCGACAUCGUUCUGCUCGCCAGUGGUUUGUCCACCAUCGUCGACGGUGUCAAGACUUCCCGUGCCAUCUUCCAACGUAUGCGAUCGUACGCUCUCUACCGUAUCGCCUCGACCAUCCACUUCUUGUUGUUCUUCUUCAUCUCUAUCCUGGCGUUCAACUUCAAGAUCCCCGACUUGCUUGUUCUGAUGAUUUGCGUGCUCAACGAUGCCGCCACCCUGGUCAUUUCCGUCGACAACGCUCGUAUCUCCAAGCGCCCCGACAAGUGGAGGCUCGGACAGCUUCUCUCCCUCUCCGGUCUUCUCGGUUUCUUGCUCAUGAUCAUCUCCUUCGCGCACUUCUUCGUUGCCAGGGAUGCGUUCGGUGUCGAGGAGAAGAAAUUGCAGACCAUCAUGUACCUGCAGAUUUCGUCGUGCCCUCACUUCGUCAUCUUCUCCACUCGUUUGAGCACUCACUGGUUCAAGUCGAAGCCCAGUCUCCUCUUCUUCAGUAUCAUCUUCGGAACGCAACUCAUUGCCAUGUUCAUGUCCAUCUAUGGUGUCGAUGCUCUGGAGGCUGCCCCAAUUGGUUGGGGAUGGGGUGUCGGAGUUAUGGCCGUCUCUCUCGUCUCUUUCAUGGUCUUGGACCUUGUCAAGGUCUGGGUGUUCCGUCACUGGUCCUACGGUCUUACCGCCACUCUCUGGCCUUUCGGUGGACGUCGCGCUGAGUACAAACGCCGUGUCGUCCGCAUCGCACAACACAAGAAGAACAUCGACAACUGGAAGAAGGUUAAGAAGGUUUACCUUAUGGCCAACGCCGCAUACGGUUUCCGGACCGCUGGCGCCAAAAAGCACGCCGCCAACAUUGCGGCGCCCAUCGCCAACGGAGACUCGACCAACACCAUCAACGUCCCCGAGUUGUAGAUGCACCUCGGCGCUCGUUCCUGAGUGUCUCUUGACAUUCCGCCAUUUUCCCAUGUUCUAACGAGAACUUCACCACCAUUUCCUCUGUCAU